UUGCUUUAUUGCUAAAAAAUUAAAUUUUUUUUCGCUUUACGUUGGUAGCCAUAUCUGUCAUUCCUGUCAUUGUCAUUUGCAAGUGACAAAAUUAAGUACGAAAGUAACAAUGGAUUUAAGACAACCUGAAAAAAAAACGAGACUUCUAAUUAUCUACGACGACCAAAUUUACGAUGAGCCCCCACAAUCCCCAAUAAUCGAAACCCUCAAGUUGAAGCAAAUAUCAGAGCUCAAAGAGCACGAAAACAAUACAGUAUUGCUUCGUAUACCAGAAGAAAAACUCACCGACUGUGUCCUAAACCGAGUUUUCUCAACAUGCAAACUCGGAGGUAAAGUCGUUGCCACUUGUAUCGAAAAAGAUGUGGAUGAUGUUGAAUUUAAUCUAAAACUGGCGGGUUUUGUUAAUGUGGAAGUGAAGACAACAAACUCGGGCAUAAAUGUGUUUGGUUUUAAACCAACAAACUUGUUCUUGUUUGGAAUCUGCCCUGGACUACGGAAACGCAAACAUGGAGACUGGAUAAAAUUUAACGUGACUGAUAAGGAAGAGCCUGAUCAGAUACUUGAUCCGGAUGAGUUGCUUGAUGAGGAAGAUUUUAAGCAGCCUGAAUCAGCGGCACUACAGUGUGGCACCUCUGAAAAGCGUAAAGCUGAAGAGGUGACUAAGGAAGUGCAGAAAUUACCCCUUGUGACAAGGUCAUCAUGUAGCAAUGUUAGGGCGGAAAGCGACUAUUUGGCGCGGCCAACUUGGCACCAAGAUGACUUGCGCCAAAGUAUCCCUGAGCCAAGUUGGCUUGGCUCUGAAAAGUCUCUCGCCGGAACGUCUGGCGCCAAAAUGUCUCGCGCCGAGUCGGACGAGCCAAUAUGUCUUACGCCGAGUCGGCCGCGGUAAGAUGGGAGCGCCAUCUUGACCUAGACAGUUGUUCUCUGGGGGAUGCAUUUCGGUGCGCUGGUUGUCAUCACAGGGGGUUGCCAGGUUAUAAGCCUGGCAAAAAUAUUCCGUUGGUUGGUUUUCAACUAAAGACAGAUAUUUAGAUAAGUUGGGUACUGGUUUACUUUGUGUAUUUUGUUUAUUAAAUUUGUAUUCACGUGGA